CUCCUCAUCCUCCCUCCAUCUCCUCUCCUCCUUCCAUCUCCAGCAAACUUCAGGGACUUCAUUUCCCAGCAUGCUGUGCGCCGGUCCGCUGUGUUGGGUCAGCUGCGCACGCAUCCCCAGUGCAGACAGAGCCCGGAGCGGAGCAGCAUCCUCUAUAGAGCCCGGAUCCGCCCGCCGCCCGGUGCCAUGAUCAGGGCGGAACUCUCCAGAUCCUACCAAGAGUUGAAUGAAGAGACGGAGCAGCCCCAUGAGGAUAUAGAGAUACUGGACGAUGAGGAGGAGGAUGACCAGGAUGACCCGACCUCUACUGCUGUACCAGAGUUGGACAGGAAUAGCCCUCCGGUACGUUUCAGCAGGACUUGUCUGAAGAAUUUCUUCUCGGUUCUGCUAAUCUUUGUCUAUUUGCUGCUGAUGGGCGUCGCCGUGUUUCUGGUCUACCAAUCUAUAACGGACUUUCGGGAGAAGCUCAAGCACCCGGUCAUGUCUGUCUCAUAUAAGGAAGUCGAUGUAUAUGAGGCUCCUGGCAUUGCUCUGUAUCCGGGAAAAGCUGAACUCCUAAGCUGUGAACAUCAUCUGUAUGAUCACAUCCCGCCACUAAAAAACCCCGGCCAGCCUGGAGAGAACAGCUGUGUGACCCAGAAGAUCGACUACAUUGAUCCGUUCACCAACCAGACCAUGAAGCAUGCGCUCAUUGUUAAAGGCCCGCGUGAAGUGCGGAAGAGAGAGCUGGUCUUUCUGCAGUUCCACCUUAAUGAGACAGAACAAGACUUCAGCGCCAUCGACUACUUACUGUUCUCUUCUUUUCAGAAUUUCCUAACUAGUGCAAAUCAAACAAAAUUCAUGCAGGACUGUGAGAGUUCCUUCUCCAGCUGGAAGUUCUCCGGGGGAUUUCGCACAUGGGUGAAAAUGUCUCUUGUGAAGACAACGGAGGAAGAUGGAAGCCAAUCGGUGGAAUUCAAACAGGAGACAAGUGUGGUGAAUUUCAUUGAUCGGAGAUCAGCUGCUGAAAAGGGGGACCAGUUGUUCUUUGUGGUAUUUGAAUGGAAAGACCCGUACAUGCAAGAAAUUCAGGAUAUCAUCACUGCCAACCCCUGGAGCAUGAUCGCUCUCCUCUGUGGCGUCUUUCUGGUUUUAUUUAAGGCCGCCGACUUUGCCAAGCUCAGCGUGAAGUGGAUGAUCAAAAUCCGGAAGCGGCAUCUGAAGAAGAGAGCGCGGGAGCUGAACCACAUAAGCUGAGAUGGCGAUUGGACCAGCCGUCACUUCAUAGUGUUACAGAGGGAGCAGGAAGGUCAAGAACCGCUGUCAUUUGUCCCAUAAAAAGGAGAAUCGGCGGGAGGGCGUUGCUAAAAACUUUCUAGGUGUUAACUGUAAUGUAGGAUCAGCAUAGUCUUAGGCCCCUUUCACACCUGCGGAAC